UAAUAUAUGCUUAUAUUAGAAACUAUGUCUACGUUGGUUUUUCUCACAUGUUGAAAUCUGAAAAAAUGUACAAAUAUAUUUUAAGGAUUUAUGAAAAAUGUUUCCACACGGAUUCAAAUCCACGCAACAACUCACCUCGGUUGCCAAGCAACAGACGCCUUCUUGUUUUCAAUGGUUAAGAUGUGACAGUAUGUUGUAAAAUGGCCAAAUUUGUGCUCGCUGGUAAGGCGGACUGUCCUCUGUAUGCCGAAGCGGAGCGGUUAGCAGACACUCUGCAGCGAACCCUUCCGAGCUUCAGGGUCCAUAAGAUCCCCGUCCUACCAUCUGAGUGGGAGAGAUGGCUUGAAUUCACAUGCAAUAAAAAUGGCUGGAAACACGAGGAAAGUCCCUUAAUUUGGAGGGAGCUGGUCGAACAAGGGGGCAAAGGGAUGUUCUUGGGUGGUUACAAUGACUUUGUGGACCAUUGCCAGGUCUACUACGGCGUCACGUCGAAAAUACCCGAAGAUGAGGUGGAGACAAUUGUAGCAGAGAAUCUUGAAACGCAACUUAGCCUCGCUGCUGAAGAACAGCAUCGCCUGAGUCUAAUUCAUCCCUGUAACGUUUGGAUCACAGGUGCUCUCUGCUUAACUUCCCAAAUCUUGAUCCCAACCCUGCUGUCUGAUGAGGCGUUCCCUGACGUUCAAACGGUUGCUCUCCACCUGCUGCACCUGAGCGGCGAUGAGGAAGAAAUGCAGAUGCUCAAGUUGGACACUGAGGAUUUGGCGCUCAGUCUGCUCCAUCGGGUGACGGUUCACACAGAUCUGGAACAGGCUUUCCAUGAAGCCCACGUCAUCAUUCUGCUGGACGAUUUCGACGCCGAUUCAGAGAAUGAGAGCGACGAGGCCAGGAAGCAGAGAGUUAAAGACUUAUCUGAGCGCUACAGAGAGUAUGGGCGCCUCAUUGAUGGACGCGCCGACAAAGAGGUGAAGGUGAUGGUGUCCGGGGUGUCUUUCGUCAACACGAGAUGCUCGCUGCUUGUGGAGAGCGCUCCUUCCAUCAGCAGCCACCAGUUUGUUGCCAUAGCAAGCCAGCUGGUGAAUGAAGUCAGAGCUGUGCUCGCAAAGAAGUUGUGCGUGAUGCCAUCAGAUGUCGCGGAUGUCAUUGUGUGGGGGAACAUCAGCGGCAGUUUCGUCGUUGACCUGCGGUGGGCGAAAGUGUUCAACUAUCCAGGGGCGGUCAGGGUACCGUCUUUCUAUUCCCAGCCGGUGCUCAGGGUUUUAUACGACAGAAAAUGGAUAGAAACAGAAUUUAAACCACUGGUCCGUCAGCAUCGUGAGGCCUUGCUUUCAACCACCGGCCGGGGAGCCGCAAUAUCAGCCACUAACGGGAUCCUGCAAGUCCUGAAGGGUUGGCACGGAGCCUUUGGUCCAGAUGAGGUUUUUUCAAUCGGUAUAGCUUGCACAGACUUGUUCAGUCUCCCACACGGCAUCAUCUCAGCUCCGGUUACAUGUACGGAGGGCAAAUGGUCUCUUCUGGAAAAUGUGAAUGUUGAAGGAAAGAUGUUGGACGAACUCGAGCUUUGUGCAGAAGAACUGCAGCAGGUUUGGAACAACACACACAAAAAUGACCUACUGUUGACUAAAUAUUGUUUAAAACUGCAUUCAGCUUAUCUUUUAUGCCGUUUUUUGUUUUUUUUGACGAUCUGAAACAUGUUUUUACAUCCAGUCCCAACUUAAUAGAGUGUUUUCUUUCCGUUUUCCAGGAAAAGGAAAUCCAAUUUCAAGAUCCUGUUUGAAAGGCGGGAAAACAAAUAAAAUGUUUGGUCACUUCCUUCUCA